AUGGAUCAAAUCCCGUCACUUGUGCGGUCCAGCCUUGAGGCUUUUGGAAAUCUAAUCCCCUUCUUUGAGCUCGCAGAUCCGGUGCAGGCAAAUAUCGUACGGUCUCAUUUCGCCAGAUUCAAGCUGUGGGCUGGCACUAUGGGCGCUCAUCGCGCAUCAGGGAUGCGAUCCUUGACUUAUCGCCUUCGGGAUGCAUCCGCGAUUCGGUCUCAUGUUAUAUCACUGCUCGAAGAUCUGCAAGGCUCCCUUAGAGAAGCUAUUUCUUUUCUCGAGUCCUCUCACCCUGCCGACGAAGAGCAGUAUUACGACCCUAUUGACGAUGAACUCGCCCAAUUACUCGGCGACACUGAACACAUUGCCCGCGACGGUGUUAACUAUCAUACCGAGCUCACACGUUGCCUGACACAAGAUGGAGAAAUUAUUGACUGCCUUUUGAGGCUGUCCGUUACUAUCAGCAACCCAGCCCCUCACGACCAGUUCAAGUCCCGCGUUGAUGUGCAAACAACUCACUACGAGCGGUACGAUGUCAACCACGUCCAGGAAAAGUUUCCCAAGCUUGAGUCGUCCAUAAGUCAUAGGCUCGGCAGGGCGUUGACCCAGCGCCGUGGCUAUUUCAAAUAUCGCCAGAACCACCAUCUUCGGCUACGAGAAGGCUUGGAAGGGGACGAGGCUGGGAGAAGCGAAGGCGAUGGGACUACUGAAACCUCACCUAUUCCCCGGCGUCUGUUCGAUCUCCAUAUUCCCGAUGUUCCUUCCUCCGACCUUUCUGCAACAUCUUAUGCUCGCUCAACCACCUUAGACACGAAUCUUGAGGCCCAUCUCAAGAAAAAGCACCCAGGAGAGGUCCCUGUCGAGAGAUUGCAUGAAAUUUCGCUCCUGAGUAGUCGUAUUGAAGGUGAAAAAGCCAAAGGACAGUGCCCGCUAUGCCAGAAAUUCGAGGUCAAAACUGUCCAUCAGUAUGGAUCACACAUCGGCCACCAUCUUGAGCAACUCGCACUCUUCGUACUUCCAGACAUGGACGAAUCUGACGGAGAAGAUAUCGAGAAAGAGAAUAGUCAAGUCAAAGACGCCAGCAAGAGACAGGAAGAUCGUCUCGAACAUGGUAGCAACACUGAGCCGUUGGAGCCGGAUGUUGACAAAACGGAAAACUUACCCAAGCAGGCAACUAUUGAUACAUCUAGUGAGUCUGGUCUAUCAAUUGGAGAAAGUCUUGACGAAGGUAUCCCGAUAGGCUCUUGGACGACUCAAACUCGUAUAUACGACAAGGAGGCGCGGUCUUCGCGUUCGCCAGACAUCGAGCCAGGGGAGCGAGAGGGAAGCCUUAGAAACAUUUUGAAUCACGAGAUAUGUGCAACCAGAGCUCAGGAUGAUGAGCAAUCUCUUGAGGGUGGGGGAGAGUCAGACCUACGACAGGUUCAAAAAAUUGGCCAGGAAGAGCAUAGUAGGAUUAACCUGCCAAGAGCACUCGACCGGCUAUCGAUCAACUCAGACAGAGACGAUUAUCAGCUAGGAAAGACCACCAAAGUGCACUUCUACCAGGGAACGGCAAAGUCCGUCACGAUAGCAAAUUUGAAGCUAACCACUUCCGUGGGUGACAUAUAUUCUGGAAUGCUGUACAUUCUUGAAUGUCAGCCCAAUUUUGAGUGGCCUUACCUCACUACCGAAACAGAAUGCCAUCUCGAGCUGAAGCCGGCGCUGACCAGCGUCGCAUUCCAACUCGCACUAGUUCAGAUCUCUGAUAGCAGGAGCAUAGAUAUUGAUAACCGUCCCAACGCUUUUCCUCACUCUGGAUUUGCUACGGGGCAGCUCAAUCACGGAACGAAGAUGAGGCGUUCUUUCCUGGACCCUUCAGUCUUCUUGCUGGCUCUAGUACCAAUAUUGGUUAGCAGCGAUGCUACCAGCGCCGAGAACGCCACUGUGUCAGACUCGAGAUUACGAACUUGGUGGCAUAAGAACGGCGAGAUCAACUACGAGACUGCUGUUCAGGAGCAAAAUGUCCGACAAUCUCAUGUUUACUCAGCUUGGGUAAAAUCGAAUGCAGAUCCCGCAGAGGAAUGGUAUGUAAUCCCCUUCGAGAGCGCAAGAGUUUCGGUUGACAUCAUUAGCUACAAUUCCUUCGUCUAUGAGUCUAUUCCUCGCAAUGGGCAAGGAAACAUUAUCACGCCAGGUGAUCCAGACUCGGAAACCGAUGCGUACGAUGCAAUCACGAUAGAAGCUGAUAUCUGGAUUACUAUGGCCUGGACCCAGUUCCUUUACAGUACAGAUGCUUGGGUGAAGAUUAGUCGACGCAACAAUAUCCCAAGCAAUGCGAGUAAUGUUGUGAUCCGGCCUUCGACCAUUGACUUCAAGAUCAAAUAUGAUGCCGACGGUAAUGUGUAUGUGCUCGUUCCCUACCGAAGCCAAGGGUACAGAUUCUCUGUCGAAUUCCAGGACAAUCUCUACAGCUAUCGUGACAACUGCGACUCAACAGUCUGCGACUUCGUACAGAACUGGCACCCUGACGGACCUAAUUACGUUUCAGAGCUCACUGAUGAUAUGCCAGUCAUGGGUGUUGAGCCUCAUGACGCUCUCCUCAUCUUCGCGAGCCCCUUUCCCCAAGCGGACCUCGUUCCAGACCAGUCUUCCCCAGACACUUACGUCGUGCAGCCAGGCCGAGUCCCGGACCUAAGCGACGUCGAUAAUACGAACGUGUAUUUCGCUCCAGGAACAUACUGGAUGACUGCAACGGACCAUGCUGUCCUUUCGGAGUCUGUGGAAUGGGUCUAUCUCGCGCCCGGUGCCUUUGUGAAAGGUGCGAUCGAGUUCACAACAAAUGCUACCACAAUCAAAGCGACAGGACACGGCGUCCUAUCAGGGGAGCAAUACGUGUACCAAGCCAACACAGCCCAAGGUUAUCAAAACAUACAGUCCAACGCAGACAGCCUGCGCAUGUGGAGUGGAUACAGUACCCCAGACCAACAGCAGACCUUCGUCCUCGCCGGCCUGACGACCAACGCGCCGCCCUUCAACAGCAUCGACUUCACAGGCGACUUGAACACAAUUUCCAUCGACCAGUCGGACUACAAGCAGGUUGGCGCUUUUUUUGGCCAGACAGACGGCACGACUCUACAUUCGGGGUCUAGCGUGCGGGACACCUUCUAUCACUCCGGCGACGACACGAUCAAGACAUACGGCUCGAACAUCACGGUGCGCGACGUGGUCGUGUGGAAGGGCAAGACCGCACCAGUGAUCCAAUUUGGGUGGCAGAGCCGGAACCUGAGCAAUAUCACGGUCGAUGGCGUGGAUGUCAUCCACAUGAAAUAUUCCAGCAACGCGAGCCACCCGAGCAUCAUCGGUGCCAACCAGGUCUACGGGUACUCCGAGGACGACACCAGCACAGCGAACUUGAACAACACCGUGCAAGAUGUGUUCUUUGGCAAUAUCAGAACGGAGGGGAUUGGGGGCAACCUGAUGCGCAUUGUGCCGCUUGCGCACUACGAGAACGUCACUAUCGAGAACGUUAGUUUGGAGACGUUUAGUGACAGGAGCAAUAGCAUCUACAGGAGUGAGCUGCCGUUGUGGGAGGACGAAGACGGAAAUCUGGUCUCCAUUACGGGCUUCACAGUGAGGAACUUCAGUGUUGGCGGGGAGGCUAUCCUGCCAAUUCUGGGCAAUGUUGGGCCGUUCGGCCUGGGAGGUCUCAAUAUUGCGAAGCCACUUCUGACAGGAGGUGGCGUGGUCAUUGAGUGA